AUGCCUUCUCUCAGAAAGUUCCUCAAGGAAAAAUUAACCAAAAAUUCACAGCUACCCGUCGGCCACUCUCCCGAAUUUGAUACGGCCCGGGAACGAUGGCAGAAGGAAUGCACACAGGACCAAGUUCUUGCCGACUUCACUAAAUAUCUCCGCAACGGCUCACCGAACUGGCCCGCACCAUUCAAGCAGAGUGAACUCGACUUUUUGGAAAAAUCCUUUGCUGCGCAUGCCCGUCCAGACAAGACCUGGGAUCAAGACUCGCUAAAGGCAUAUCUUCAAACCCAAGUCCCUGAGGAUGGAGAAUGCCAAGCUCUCUUGACUGCCUCUAUGCCCUCGCUCUGGGCCCUGACUGUUUAUUUCGCGCAAUGGCCAUUCAACACCGCGUCCAGCCCUCCAACCAGUCUUGAACUCCCCGAAUUCCUCCGCUCCUUGGUGUUCCUCUCAGGCAGGCACAAUCGUUUGUUCCACGCCUGGCAGAAUCAAGAUAUUGAUCGCAAUCGCAAGACUGAUCAGCCGGUACUCGAGUACAUUUUCCGAGCGUUGGCCACCUCUCGAUCAGUGGAGCAGCCGCCCACCUCACCAGCUGCCAAGUCGAGGUCCCAGACGGACGUGCUAGAUGUCUUGAGUGUUGCGCAGCCAGUUAUGAGCGAGGGAACCAAGAUUCUUACUAGUGCUGAACUGACACCAGUGGCUGAUCGACUCGCUCCUCCGACUCCACCAGACCUGUCAGGUCUUGCCAUUAUAGAUACGAAGACGAAGCUUGUCCCGCUGCUGGAAGAGUUAGUAUUGCUUCUCGACCAAGCCAGCAAGUUUGAGCAAGGGAGCCGCACCGCCCUUGUACUCAAGAAAAAGCUCCAGGCUGGCCUUUCAGAGAUACAGAAGGAGGACCAGGUUUUGUAUGAUGUCUUUUCAAAAUCUCUUGACAGCAAUGAGUGGACGGAGAAAGGGAAUUAUGUAGACACCAUAUAUGAUUCCAUCGCGCUCCUGUUUAACACAUUUCUUAAUCCUCAGAGCUUAAGGACUGGUCGGACGGUGAAUUGGUCUUCAGGAAAUGAGGAGGCGUUACACAUUUUCCCGCUCCGGAGCCUGGGGGCCACUGUUAGCUAG